GGGUGGCUCUCAACAUCUGCUGACUUUUUUUCCCCUUCACUUCACCACUCUGCCCUUCCGAGUGGACCUGUCGCAACUUUCCCUAUAUAGUCCGACGACGCGAUAUUUGAAGGCGCGCCACCCUUAAACCAAGUAAAUACCAAAAACGAGCUUCUCCCGUGUUACCCGUCGCCAGACACCCCAGCCGCAACGAUGGACGCCGUCCGCUCCGCCCUCCAGCCCGUCACCCACAACCUCCCGGCCCCGAUCCGCGACCUCGGCGUCUCCAUCAUCGGCGAGCACUGCUACAAGUCCCUCCUGCUGGACAUCAACGUCGAGGAUGUAGACUGCAUCAAGCUCGGCCUGUCCAAGGGCAUCGGCCUCGGCAUCGUUGGCGUCUCGAGCAUCGUGAAGCUGCCGCAGAUCCGCAAGCUCACGUCGUCGCAGUCGGGCGAGGGCAUUUCGGUGCUGUCGUACCUGCUAGAGACGGCCUCGUACCUCGUCUCGCUGGCCUACAACUACCGCAACCAGUUCCCCUUUAGCACCUACGGCGAGACGGCGCUCAUCAUGGGCCAGAAUGUUAUUAUUACCGUCUUGGUGCUCAACUAUACCGGCCGCGCGAGCUUGGCUGCUGUCUUUGUGACGGCGUUGGCUGUGGCGCUGGGGACGCUGUUUGCUGGGAGCUUGGUGGAUAUGCAGACGUUGGGAUACUUGCAGGCUGGCGCUGGUGUGUUGAGCGUCGCGAGCAAGGUUCCCCAGAUUCUGGCGAUUUGGUCCGAGGGCGGCACCGGGCAGCUCAGCGCAUUUGCUGUCUUCAACUACCUCGCCGGCUCCCUCUCCCGCAUCUUCACCACGCUCCAGGAGGUCGACGACAAGCUCAUCCUGUACAACUUCAUCGCCGGCUUCCUUCUCAACGCCGUCCUCGCGUCGCAGAUGGCGUACUACUGGAACGCGCCCUCCAAGAAGGCCAAGGGCAAGCAGAAAGUCCCCAUCCCUGCUGCUCCUUCUACCGGUGCCUCUUCUGUUACUUCGACGCCUGCAAAGAAGGGUCCCAGCACGCGCCGCCGCGGUUGAGUGCGUGCGCAGGACCUCGAGGGGCAUAGAUGUUUCUUCCUUGAGGGGUGCUAGGGCGUUUAGAUACCAUGUUGCUGCUCCUAUAAUACAGUGAGCACAUUAUAGAACUUGUUCCACCUGUGU